GAGUGUAUGCAGUUACCCCUACCUCUUGGAGGUAGACUGUAGUUAAAUUAAUAGCUGAUUAAUGAAGUGGGAGUGUUGUGCCAUUUCUGUUAACCAAGUGUCAAGGGCAACAAAAAAUUAUAUAUAGAUGCACCAAAUAUUUAUGCUGGUCUUUGUCAUAUAUGGAAGUUAUCCAAUUUGGGAGAACUCUUCAGAAACUAUCCCUUUCGUGUCAAACCUUUCAUUGUGUAGAUCUAACAAAAUGAGCCUCAACCGAACAUGCAAUAGCUCCUUCUGGACCAAGGAGGAAGACAAAGCAUUUGAGAAUGCUUUGGCUGUAUUUUCUGGAGAUAAUGAUAAAUUUCUGAAGAUCGCUGCUGCUGUUCCUGGGAAAUCUCUUCAAGAAAUUAUAGAUCAUUAUAAUGUAUUAGUUGAAGAUAUUAAUGACAUAGAGUCUGGCAAAGUUCCGCUACCUAAAUAUGAGAGAAUGCAAAGUUCUUCUAGCUGCAGACGUAGAUCAUUGGGAGCAGGGGUAGAACGACGAAAAGGGCUUCCUUGGACUGCAGAGGAACACAGGUCAUUUCUCCAGGGAUUGGCAAAACACGGAAAGGGUGAUUGGCGGGGUAUAUCAAGGAACUUUGUGUUUUCUAGAACACCAACACAGGUGGCAAGCCAUGCCCAGAAGUACUACAGUCGAUUAAAUGACAAUAACGCAAAGAGGAGAAAAAGCAUUCAUGAUGUCACUAGUGUGGGUGCUGCUAAUAUUACUGAACCUUCACAAGGACAAAAAUCUGACGAGUUGACAGGACCUUGUGGAGGACAAUCUCAGUGGCCAAUUGCCGACUAUGUGACUGAAGCUUUCGACACAGGGAUGCUAUCUUUACCAGGGUCAGUUACAAACUGCACGACUGAUGCUAUUGAAGGACCAUCAGCUGUUAACCCCGAGAAAUUCCCACUUGUUGCUGCUCUUGGUAGUGAGUUGAAUAGUUCAUUUCCCGGUGUGGAUGAGUUCCUGCAAAGUGUAGAAGACCUAAUCAUUGUACCGGCAGAAGGCACCUCUGGAGUAUGCCAUGGGGUUGACACUAGGACAUCUCCAUCACUUAGCGUGCAACCAUCAGUUACUGGUGGCACCGGAAUGUACACUCAUCCAGUUUCAUUUCCUGACGUGCAUGAGUUCCUGCAAGAGGUAGAAGACCUAAUCACUGUACCGGCAGAGGGCACCUCUGGAGCAUGCCAUGGGAUUGACACUAGGACAUCUCCAUCACUUAGCUUGCAAUCAUCAGUUGCUGGUGGCACCAGAAUGUACACUCAUUCGGUCACUGUACCGGCAGAGGGCACCUCUGGAGUGAGGUGUGGAAUUGACACUAGAACAUCUCCAUCACUUAGCUUGCAACCAUCAGUUGCUGGUGGCACCAGAAUGUACCCUCAUCCAGUCAAUGUACUGGCAGAGGGCACCUCUGGAGCGAGCCAUGGGGUUGACACUAGGACAUCUCCUUCACUUAGCUUGCAACCAUCAGUUGCUGGUGGCUCUAGAAUAUACCCUCAUCCAGUCAAUGUACCGGCAGAGGGCAUCUCUGGAGUGAGCCAUGGGGUUGACACUAGGACAUCUCCAUCACUUAGCUUGCAACCAUCAGUUGGUGGUGGCACGGGAAUGUACACACAUCCAGUCACUGUACGGGUAGAGGGCACCUCUGGAGCGAGGCGUGGGGUUGACACUAGGACAUCUCCAUCACUUAGCUUGCAACCAUCAGUUGUUGGUGGCAUCGGAAUGUACACUCAUCCAAUCAUUGUACCGGCAGAGGGCACCUCUGGAACGAGGCGUGGGGUUGACACUAGGACAUCUCCAUCACUAAGCUUUCAACCAUCAGUUGGUGGUGGCACCGGAAUGUACACUCAUCCAGUCACUGUACUGGCAGAGGGCACCUCUGGAGUAAGGUGUGGGGUUGGCACUAGGACAUCUCCAUCACUUGGCUUGCAACCAUCAGUUGCUGGUGGUACCAGAAUGUACACUCAUGCAGUCAAUAAUGUUGGGUAUGAUCUGGAAGAGCUAAUGACUAAGCAGUUGGUUGGAGCUAGUCAAGAAGGUCCUAGCAUUAACACUGCAAGUUUGCCAUCACCAAUUGCUGAUCAUAUUGGACUCCAUGGUUGUACAACUUCUAGCAGUGUCGCUAAGAAUGGUUUUGUGAGUACCAUGGAAGCUCCUGGGGGAGGUUUUUCUGUUGAUUCCAUGCAGACACCAUCAAUUCCUGGCCAUAUUGGAGGUGGAACUUAUCCCUGUUGGGAACCUAGCAGCAAGGACGACAGUAUCUUUGAUCUGGAAGACCUAUACACAGAUCACAUGUUUGGUUUUCGCAAAUAAGAAUCUGUCAUUUAUAGUGGUAAAUCAUAACGUGUCCAUGGUUUCACUAGAACAAUCACUGCUUUGUUACGGAUGAGCCAAUGCAGCUGGGGCCUAUUACUUCACAAACUCUCAUGCCAUUACGCGUUCCUUGCCCUGCUUGUUCAUUUGCAGCAUCUUCUAUUGCCCCUUUCUAUCUUCAUGUCCUUCUAGAGAUGUCUCUCUUUGCAUAUCCAGUACUGGUUCUAUUUGUGUAUGUAGUGUAUGGAAUAACAAACUUUACAGUAGCUUAUGUACAUAGAACUACUCCCCAUCCCCCCUACCCC